UUCGUAUUCGGUGUAUGUCUCCCCAUUUUUCACUGGCUAGCCACUCCUCUAAGCGCUAGCUGCCCCCACCAGUAUUCAAUUAUCUCUUCACCCUUUUUACCAUAUAUAUCUGUACAUCCUUUAAGAGUUUCUCCUCCCAGCUAACUGCUUUUCUGUCACCAUUUAUACUGAAGACAAAGAAGCUGGCUUGAUCCCAAUGGAGAAUUAUACCGUGUUGUUUCCUGGUCCUGCUUCUUCUUCUUCAGGCUUUCAAAUGCCAGCUAGUGCCAUGGGAGGCUCUUAUCAUGGAUUUAGUAAUUUUGAGGGCCAAAUCUCGAACGGGUUUCUGGGUUUGAGGCCUAGUCAUGAUCAGAGCCUCGGUGAUUUGCAGAAAAGAGGAGAGGUGAGAGAUGGGCAGUUAUCUCAGAGUGGAAAUGGGAAGGAUGAUCAGAUUGGAGGAGGUACAGGGAAAAAGAAAGGAGAGAAGAAGGUUAGAAAGCCUAGAUUUGCUUUCCAAACUCGGAGCCAGGUUGACAUUCUUGAUGAUGGCUACAGGUGGAGAAAAUACGGCCAGAAAGCUGUUAAAAACAACAAAUUCCCCAGGAGCUACUACAGAUGUACUCAUCAAGGAUGCAAUGUGAAGAAGCAAGUGCAACGUCUAACGAAAGACGAAGGGGUAGUGGUGACGACAUACGAAGGCGUGCACACGCAUCCAAUUGAGAAGACAACGGACAACUUUGAGCACAUUUUAAGUCAGAUGCAUAUAUAUACUCCUUUUUAAUAACACAAGCCCAGCCUCUCCUGGAUUCUCAUCAAUUACUUUCUCCUUAUAUUUGUGCCCAACAAUUAAUCGUAUCUGCCUCAGACUCAAUACCACUCUCUGUACAAUAUCUCUCUCUUUAUUCUGGAGUGUUAGAUUAUAAUGUAAAAUUAAUUGGCUCUCGAGUUCCAUGAUAUAUACUACUUUUGAUUAAGGACACGUUAUGUAGCAGUAGUAGUAUCUUUUUCUGAUGGUCGUUCGACUACGUAUCAAUCACUUUCAUGUAUGUUGAAACUUGAAAUACAAACAAAGCAGUUUUGCUUUUUUCCCCGUUUC